UUUAAGUUUAACCCGUAGAGUGGUGGGAGGCAGUGUUGUUUCAUGCGUGGUCCUCGGCAGGAGAGGAGCAUAGUGCUGCAUUCAAGCUCUCUAGGUCCGACGCCAUGGCGGAGACGAUUGAAUCUAACGCUGAAGUUCCAGUUUCAGACGAAGGGAAUACGAUUAAUGGAGAUGAACUGAUGCCUGACCUUCCUCACAACCCUACUUCCACUUCCUCUGACUCUGAUUCUGAUUCUGAGGACGACGAAUCCGACCAAAAGCUCCAGCUCCAGCUCCACACUCUUCAAUCCGAGCUCUCCACCAACCCCUCCAACUACGACGCUCAUGUCCAAUGUAUAAAGCUUUUGAGGAAAAUGGGUGACCUUGACAACCUGAGGAAAGCAAGGGAAGCAAUGAGUGAGAUAUUCCCAUUGACCCCUCCCAUGUGGCAGGAAUGGGCCAAGGACGAAGCAUCUAUCAGUACUACUGGGCCAGAGGCUCUUGCUGCAAUCGAGAAGCUAUACGAGCGAGGGGUGUCUGAUUAUCUGUCGGUUUCUCUUUGGUGUGACUACUUAAAUUUUGUUCAAGAAUACAAUCCAUUGGUGCGAGAUUGUGCAACUUCUGGAAUUAAAAAGGCUAGAGAUUUAUUUGAACGUGCUCUUACAGCUGCUGGUUUGCAUUUUACCGAUGCUGAAGAAUUAUGGGAAGCAUAUAGAAAAUUUGAGAAAGCCGUAUAUCAAUCCAUUGAUGAAACUGAUAUUCAG